CCAGGCAGCGCCCGUGUAAGUAAAAGAAGAAGGCGUAGCGUAAGCGUAGAAGAAGACUCGGAGGCGGAAGGCGCCCGUGAGGACGUCUAAAAUGUCUGCUCCCAAAAGCAUCCCUAAAGAUGCUCAGGUGAUGAUCCAGAUCCUGAAGGACAUGGGGGUGACCGAGUACGAGCCCCGCGUCAUCAACCAAAUGUUGGAGUUCACUUACAGAUACGUGACGAGCAUCAUCGAAGAUGCCAAGAUCUACGCCACGCAUGCCAAGAAGUCCAACGUGGACGCCGACGACAUCAAACUGGCCAUUCAGUGCCGCAUGGACCAGUCCUUUACAUCACCACCACCGAGAGAUGUAAGAACACACGUGUGCGUUAAGUUCCUCUUGGAGGUGGCCAGACAGAAGAACCAGACGCCGCUCCCCCUCAUUAAACCGUACACAGGGCCCCGCCUCCCUCCGGACCGCUACUGCCUGACCGCACCCAACUACCGCCUCAAGUUCCUCCCCAAAAAGGUGGCGUCGGCCGGCAGGAUAUCGGCACCCCGCCUCAGCGUCAGCGCAGUCUCUAGCAGACCGGCCACACCCACGCUCGGAAACUCGUCUGUUCAGUCAAUGGGCGGCACCAAGGUGGGACCGUCGGUGUCGCUGACAGGUCAGAGGUUUGCCGUGCAGAUCCCGCCUCCAUUGCAGAGCAGUGGCACCAAAAGUGCCCCGUUGACCACGCCCACCGGCUCCAGCGUGCUCAUCAACCCGUCUCUGAUUGGCUCCAAGAACAUCCUCAUUACCACCAACAUGGCAGCUCAGAGUGCCGGCGGCGGAGAGUCGCUGAAGAGGAAACACCAGGACGACGACGACUACGAUGCCUUGUGACGCAGACACACCAUACACCCUCACACAUACACACCAGGACACCGACACGCUCGCAAUUCCUUGACAACGCCCUUCAAACACAUGCAAACUACACCCACAGACUUUUUCAAACUCUUGUCACAGUGAUGACAAAAUGACUGCACCAGUGUUUUGUUUUUUUUCACCUUUAAUCCUAAAAACAAUUUCAAAUAAAAAAAAGAAACAAUGUGAA